GAUUCCUCGAGGUAGGCAGGAUCUAUCUAUUUCCCAGUACUAUUUGGAUGAUUGUGAAAUUACUCCAUUCUAUUCGAGCCCCAUAACACCAAGAACAAAAUGCUAGUUGAACCAAGGUUAGCUGGAGAUGCACCGGCCCCCGACGGUGGUUUUAUGGCCUGGGUUCAGUGUGCAAGCUCAUUCUCUCUGUUUUUCUUAUCUUGGGGUUUCGUGAGCUCAUUCGGUGCUUUUCAAACUUACUAUGAGACUAUCAACCAUUCAUGGUCUCCCUCUCAGAUCUCUUGGAUUGGAUCUACUCAAGCGUUUCUUCUCUUCGGGUUUUCCAUAGUUACUGGUCCAGUAUUUGAUCUGGGCUAUCUGAAAUCUCUUGUUUGGACAGGAUGCUUUCUGUGUGUGCUAGGGGUGAUGUUGACAAGCAUAAGCUAUGAAUACUGGCACCUCAUACUAGCUCAAGGAGUCAUUUUUGGCUUAGGUAGCGGCUGUUUGUUCAUUCCUAGCAUUGCUGUACUUUCAGCUUAUUUCGACAAGAAACAAGCACUAGCCUUGGGCAUUGGCGCUUCUGGUAGUGCUAUAGGAGGCAUUAUUUUCCCCAUCAUAUUCAAUAGGUUGCUACCAACGAUCGGCUUCGGAUGGUCAGUCCGCGUCAUUGGCUUCAUAAUUUUCUUGGCAUCCAUAAUUCCUGUCCUUGGAAUGCGUAUACGGAGUCGUCCGUCUGCAGUCCGAAAGUUCUUUGAUUUAAAAGCCUGGAAAGAAACGCCAUUCAUCAUCUGCAGUGUCUUCUUCUUUCUGGUCUUUAUGGGCGCAUACAUUCCGUCUUUCUACAUUCAAUCAUAUGCUCUCGACAUCAACAUAGCUGGCGGGGGGCUCGCUCCCUACCUUCUCUCUUUACUCAACGUCGGAUCUUUCUUCGGGCGCAUUAUCCCAGCUCAUUUCGCUGGUACCUAUGGCCCUUUUAAUGUCGACAUAAUUUGCAUUCUUAUAAGUGGCAUCUUAGCAUUUACAUGGAUAACAAUUUACAGUGUUCCCGGCAUCGUCCUAUUCAGUAUGUUUUAUGGAUUCUUUUCCGGAGCUUUGACAUCGUUGUCCCCCAAUCUCGCCGUGGCUUUAUCUCCAGAUAUGAGUGUUCUAGGUGUCCGUUUAGGCAUGCUUCUAAUACCAAUAUCUGUAGGCAUAUUGGUUGGAAACCCGAUUGCCGGAGCUCUUGAAUCUUAUGGAUGGAUAGCUCUGCAAACGUUUACGGCGGCACUCUUGAUGGCCUCAUUCGUGGUUAGUAUUGUCGUUAGAGUUUUAAUGUAUGGGAAGAGUUUGAAGGUCAGAUGCUGAAAUACUCAUCAGCCAAUUGUCACUUUAUACCAUACUCAGGAACUCCCUUAGGCCAAUCUCAAUAGUCACUGUCAUAGAGCAAUCACAGUUAAUUCCCAGAACA